UAAAUUACUUUUUGAUAAUAGAUUUCAGUCAGUAAAGAAAAAUUAUUAAAGCUUACAUGUUAUUUGUUAUUUCGACUCCAUUUAUAAAAUAGUGAUUUAUAUUCAUAUCUGAAUGAAUGUUAAAUUGGAUUCAUAAAUUUAUAAAACAGUUGUAAUCUUAAAGUUAAUAAGUAUUGGUAACAAUUGAUUUUAAAAUAAUUUAUUUUUAUAAGAAUUUAAGCGGUCGAAAAUAUAUUAUUAAUUAUGAACAACGAGGAAAACAAAAUUUUGGCGCACAGACAACACGUUAAAUACUUUAUGAGAUUCCUUAAUGUUUUACCAUCAUCUCUGUCAUCGCAUGAUACAACCAGGGUUACGAUAGCAUAUUUUUCAGUAUCAGGCUUGGAUGUACUUGGAUCAAUAACAUCAAUAUCAUUAGAUUUGCAAUCCAGAAUAAUAGAAUGGCUUUAUCAAUUGCAAGUGGAACCCAAUAAAGAAAAUGGUGAUAUGUCAGCAUGCGGGUUCCAGGGUUCCUCUACCAUAAAUAUAGAUUUCGAAUCAGGCAACAAUCACUACCGCUGUGGUCACCUGGCCAUGACAUAUACGGGCUUGUGUAUUUUGUUGACUUUAGGCGAUGAUCUGUCGAGGCUUAAUAGGAAAGCUUUAAUAGAAGGAGUGAAAGCGCUGCAAACAGAAGAAGGGAACUUCUCCGCGACAUUAUCGGGAUGCGAGUCAGACAUGCGUUUCGUGUAUUGUGCAGCGUGUAUAAGCUAUAUACUUAAUGAUUGGUCAGGCUUCAAUGUGGAACGAGCAACAGAUUAUAUUAUUAAAUCUAUAGGUUACGACUAUGGAAUAGCCCAAUGUCCGGAAUUGGAGUCACACGGUGGUACUACAUUCUGUGCUCUGGCUACUCUGAGUUUAACGAACCAGUUGAACAAAUUAACCGAAUAUCAAAUAGAGCGUCUAAAACGUUGGCUACUUUUCAGACAGAUAGACGGCUAUCAAGGCAGACCCAAUAAACCCGUGGAUACAUGUUAUAGUUUCUGGGUAGGAGCAUCAUUAAAAAUUUUGGACGCAUUACAAUUAUCAAAUUAUGCAAACAACAGAAAUUAUGUGUACGAGACCCAAGACUGUGUCGUUGGAGGAUUUUCAAAAUGGCCCGACACUUGCACCGAUCCUAUGCAUACAUAUCUAGGAUUAGCUGGCCUUAGUUUAAUCGGUGAAAAUGGUUUGCUAGAAAUAGUACCAACUUUAAAUAUCAGCAAAAGAGCGCAUGACCACCUAAAGGCGUUACACGAAAAAUGGGACAGUGAGUCAUAGCUUUAAAUUUAUUAUUUGUACCAUAGAUAAUACAUCUCUUUAAGGAUUUUGUUGCCAUUUAAUAAAGAUUGUUAGACUGACGGCGUCUAUGGCCUUCUUUGUAAACUUCAAAUUAUAACUAAUAUUCUACGUUUAUAACGUAAUAUUGCUGUCAUUAAUCCUAAAUUGCAAUACAUAUAUAAAAUGUUAGUACUUAAAACAAUUUUAUGAAGAACAGGUGCUAAUAGCAAAUGAAUGCAAGUCAAAUGUUGAACAACGAUUCAGAAUUAGCAAAUAGUACAAUAUUAAAUCUCUUAUGGUGCCAUGUUAUUGUAAAUAUUGGCGUUUACAGCUGUGUAGUUAGGCGUUUUAUGAAAUUAUUGCACAAAUAUAAAAUUUUAAGUCGUUUUGUUGAUAGUUAAGGUCAAUAGAAUAAGUAACAGGGACGCAAUGGGCUUAAUUAAGAAGGUUUAUAAAAAAACCUUUUAAUAUUUUAGUCUAGCACUGAUUUAAUAAACGGGUAUGUUUCGGUAUUUAUAAAUUCAUAUCAUUAAUUCUAGUGCACAAACACAUUCUAUGUAUGAAUUUAAUUUAUUUUGAAUUGUAAAAAAUAAAUAAAAUUUAUGAUAGACUUUUUUAAAAGUUUUUCAAUAAUAACAAUAUGUUUUUCAUGUGAUUAUAAGCAAUUAGAGAAAAAAUUAAUAAGUUCUUAUGGCAUCAUAAGCAACGAUUGCUAAUAUAUUAACAAUGUUUAAUUAUGUACUGUGAUUGAAGUCAAUAUUGUAAUGCAGUUUGUCGUCCUUUUUCGAAGUAUAAUAUUAAAAAAGCAAAUAUUUCGAUAGAUAUUUAAAGUGCUUAUAUUUUUGUUUCUGAAACUUAUUCUUAAUUUAAAAAAGUUGUAUUUUUUUUUUGUUUAAGAUUAUUAAGUAUUACGUUUGUUAUCUGUGUAUGUGGUCUCUGUCAUGUAUUUUGUAAAAAUUAUAUUAGCCUCAUGCAUAUCUUCCUACAAAAAUAUUUUAACAAUCUUGAACAAAGGAAUAAUAGUAUUAAAGAAGUAUUUAUUAAUAAAAGUGCUAUAUUUAUAAUAAUAAGUCUAUAAUAUUUUUUUUUGA